GUCGCCAAUGCGAGAAGAUCGGACCAGUUGCAUGGAACAUCACCGACUGCUACACAAGAUGCGGCUUCGCAAUGGUCACAAUUCGGGUGCCUGGUGGCCAACACGGCAAGAUGAGGCGCAGGAAGGUGGACGUUGGACCUCAGCUUCAGAACUGGCGCCAAGACAUCCGAAUCGCGAAAAAGAAACAUCCAUUUUUAGCCACGGAACCGCUGAAGAAGUGGCACGAGAAAUCUAUCAAAAGCAGGAUGAAGACGACGCAUUUUUUGUCUGUGAUCUUCGGGACAUCACCCGGAAGGUGGAGCUCUGGCACCAGUGUCUGCCCCGUGUGACGCCAUUCUUCGCAAUAAAGGCUUGCGGAGACCCUGUGGUGCUGGCGGAGUUGAACGCCCAGAACGUCAACUUCGACUGCUCAAAUAAUACAGAGAUACAGACGAUACUUGAAAUGGGUGUUGACCCAGACCGCAUAAUCUACGCCCACCCUGUGAAAAGCACGUCCCACAUGAAGUUCGCCGCCGCACACGGCGUCACGUUGAUGACGUUCGACUGCGUCGAAGAGCUGCAGAAAAUCGUGGACAAGAACGCCAGGUUAUUGCUUCGAAUAAAAGGCGAUAGUGACGGUUGCAAGAUUUCAUUCGAUCAGAAAUUUGGUUGCAGCGUGGAUGAAGCGAGACAUAUUCUGGAAACCGCAAGAGAUCUACACUGCAACGUAGUUGGUGUAUG